CUAUAUAAUUUGUAACUUCAGUUGCUCUAGUAAAGAUCAAAUUAAUUCUAAAAAUGAAAGCAAUAAUUGGUAUUUGUCUGAUCAUUGGGCUUGCCCACGCCAAUCUGCAAGAAGAGUUUGAGUCCUUUAAACAGAUGUACAACAAAGUCUAUAAGGAUGACACCGAGCAUGAUCAGCGAAAGCUAAUCUUUAAAGACAACACAGAGUUAAUCAACCAACAUAACGAACGCCAUGCCGCUGGAGAAAAAUCCUACAAGAUGGGCGUCAAUCAAUUCUCCGACUUGCACUUCAAGGAAUUUGAGGAGCUAAUGCUCUCAAGCAUGAAUGCCAACGUGUUGGCAAAUGGUAUCACUCAAACAUUUACUUCUUCGCCGAGUGUUAAGAUACCGGAGAGCAUUGAUUGGCGUGAAAAGGGCGCUGUAACAGGUGUAAAGGACCAAGGAUCAUGUGGAUCCUGUUGGGCAUUUGCUACCAUUGGCACGCUGGAAGGACAAAACUUCAUCAAGAACCAACAGCUUGUCUCGCUAUCUGAGCAAAAUCUUGUCGAUUGCUCAAAGAAGGAUGGUGGCUGUCAGGGUGGCUGGCCAGACAAUGCCCUCAACUACAUUAAGGAUAAUGGAGGCGUCGAUACUGAAGACUCAUAUCCCUACGAGGCCAAGAAUGGCGAAUGUCGUUUCAAUGCUGAGAACAUUGGAGCCAAGGUCACAGACAUUGUCGUUGUGGCCAACGAUGAUGAGUCCGCGCUGGCAGCAGCCGUUGCAGAAAAGGGUCCCAUCUCGGUGGCCAUCGACGCAUCUCUCUUUCAGCACUAUCAAGGAGGCGUAUUCGAUGAACCAACAUGCCAGGGUGCUGUCAACCACGGCGUUGUCGUCGUUGGCUAUGGCCAUGACGAUAACGGCGGCGACUAUUGGCUGGUGAAGAACUCUUGGGCAGAGUCGUGGGGUGAAAAUGGUUAUAUCCGUAUGGCCCGCAACAAAGAUAAUCAAUGUAAAAUUGCCAGCCAUGGCGUCUUUCCCUUGGUUUAAAUCCAAUCAUUUAUUAACAAGCUUAACAAACUGAAAUCAAUAUACAUAUAUACACAUAUAUCCAUUUAUAUUAAUAAAAAUAAGCAACAUAAAGCAAUGCAUAAAUUUAUUAAUGAUCGACCACAUCCAACUACAA